AUGAUAGAAGAUACGAUAGACUUCAUUUUUACCGUGAUAUUAGACGCAGAAAUAUACAUUUGCAUCUUUGUUUUAUUAACAUACUUAACAACAAAAAAAAUUAAUAAGCUAAUUAAAUCUGACAUUUUCCAAAAUGAUAAAUUGCUUAAUAGAUUGUCAAAACAUUUUUACCUUGUUGAUGUGAAGGCAUAUUUUAGUCCCUUUAAAUAUAUGUUUAAGAGUAUAAUUUACCAUAUUUACUAUUUCGUAACCGUUCUUUUUUUAAUUUAUUUAUUUCGUUUAUAUGUAAGUAGCAAAAAAUUAAUUCAAAAUCAUGCUUUGUCCUUUUUUAAUGUUAUAAAUGGUGACUCCUUAACAUCAGAUGAUAUUGAUUUGUUUUCAAGUGACGAAGAAACUAGUAGUUCUCUUAUCGUAGCAUUUCUUUUUGGAGUAUUUACUUCCUAUAUUUUUUAUAAAAACAUUAGCAGAAUUUUUAGAGGAAAGGAAAAAAACAUAAGUAUACAUAAACAUAACUUAUUAAUUUAUUUCUUUGAGUUAGCAAAAUAUAACUUCAGAGAAUAUAUAAAAACGAAACCAAAAAAUAAAAAAGGUACUAGAUUCAGAUUUAAUGUAGACACAGAUGUUAAUCCUCAUGAAGCUGCUAUUAAUAAUAAUGUUAAGGCAAAACAACGUGAAAGUGGUAAGAAGAAUGAUAAUAAUACUAAUGUAAUAGUAGUGAAGCCAAGGAGAAACCCUUUAUUCGAUAUGUUUAGAAUAGUAUAUUUUCAUAAUCAUGUAUUAAAUAAUGAAAAAUUAUUAUACAAUAAUCAUAUAAAUAGUACAGUAGAGGACGAGAAGAAAAAUGAAAAGAGCAGGAAUAGCCUUCUUUUUAUUCUUUUGAAAAUUUUAUGGACUAUACUAUUAAACAUAUCAAAUGAAAAUUCUAAUAAGAAAACAAGUGUGCAACAAAAUAAUAACAGUAAGGAUACUCAAGUGAAUAGCAAGCAAAUGGGAAAAAGCGCCGACGAAAUGACUCCUACAGCUGAUCAAGCAAAAUUUGAGCAAUUAGAAGAAAGUAAAGAAGAUAUGAAACAAAAUAAUAAUAAUGUAAAUGCCAAAAAAAUGGAAAAAAGGGAAGAAAGUGUGGAACAAAAUAAUGAUAAUGUAAUUGUCGAACAAGUAGAAAAAAGAGAAGUAAACGUGAAACAAAAUAAUGAUAAUGAAAAUACCGAACAACAAGAAAAAAGAGAAGAAAGUGUGGAACAAAAUUAUGAUAAUGUAAUUGUCGAACAAGUAGAAAAAAGAGAAGUAAACGUGGAACAAAAUAAUGAUAAUGAAAAUACCGAACAACAAGAAAAAAGCGAAGAGAAUCUGAAACAAAACAAUGAUAAUACAAAUGUCGAACAAAUGGAAAAAAUUGAAGGAAGUAAACAACAGAGUAAAGAGGAAAAAGGUGUCAAAGCGACUGAGCAAAAGUCCAAUGAUGACAAUAUCCUUGUUAGUGAAAACUUGGAUGAACUUAUAAAAGAAAUGAUAAUGAAAGGACGUAAAUUGAUUGGUGAAAAUAAGGAAGAACUGAAAAAUGCAAAAAAUGAAAAUAUUAAAAAAAAUGUAAAAAGUGAUAAACAAGAUAAUAAUAUAAUAAAAUUGUGUGAUUUUAAUAUAAAGACAUAUGAAGUAUACACAUGCAAGUCCCGUUUCGAAUUUAAAAGUAUAAUAGAAGUAUUAAUGUUACACGUACCAAUUUAUUUUUUUUUUAAAAAUAAAUUAUAUGUUAAAACUUUUUUUACCCUUGCUAUGUACUUACUGAAUUUGAUGGUAUGGAACUUCAUAACAUUUGUAUCAAUGAUAAAACCAAACUUAUUUGUGUACUACUAUGUGUUUAAUGAACACAUUUCUCAAAUAUUAAGUGAGAGUAUAAGUGAAAAUGAAAAGAAUCUUAUUUUGCAUUUUUUUUACGGAUUUUUUUGCGCUUCCAUAAUAUAUUUAAAAUAUCAUUUUAAUAUGGAAUUUAAAUUAAUAAAAAUGGAUGAUAUGAAUCAUUUCCGAGCUUUAAUUAAUAAAUGUUUAAAUGAGACCCACAAAUUGAAAUUAAAAAAAAUAAUUAAAAAUUAUGAAUACCUUAAAAUCUUCCCAUUAGUUCUUGAUCAAAAAAAUAAAAGGAUAUAUAUCGAACAAAGUUUAUUAAGAAGUGCAGAAGAAUUAGAGCAAGUAUACAAGAAGAGAAAAUUAAAAAAUACGAAAAUGUAUUUACAAAAUAUAAAACAUAUAGUUAAAUAUUGCGAUGAAGAUACAGCUAAUGAAUUAGUACGAACACUGAAAUUUGUUUUGUUAAACGAAUUACCCCGUAAGGUUGCACUUAACUUGUCUUUUAGAUUAUGCAAUGAAAUAUACGAUAAGAUGAAAAUAAAUAACAAUUUAAUUCCACAAUCCACAUCCGAACAUCCCUCCGAUUGUAUGUGUGCCUCUCUGAAAAAUAGUAUAAUGCAUAAUCUUAUGAAAUGUGCAGAAGAUAUUAAAUCUAAUGAGUCUGCUAGUAAAAACACUAAUGAAUGUGCUAAUGGAUACACAAAUGAUUACGCCAGUGGAAACACAAAUGAGUGUGCAAGUGUUAACAUGACAGAAGAAAAUACAAAAAUUAUGGAUCAAACGAAAACUGAAUGA